GGGCGUUACACGCUCCGUUCUGCUUUACCACCACUUCCAACAUUCAACCUGAAAUUCUGGCUCACUGUGUCUACUGAGCGAUAUGCACGAUGACGGAGAAACAUCACCGAGCACUUUGCGACAACUCCCUUCACUUGUCGCUCUUUGCCAACGAAGUAUUGGCAAUCUCGAAUGUAGAAAGGCUAACCUCUUUAGGCGUUGACUUCCGUUUUGAUCUCGUCCGACCCAUAUUGCAGCAUUGUUCCGCCGAAACGCUGUCGAGGCUCGAGCAAGCCACUCCUCAUCUUGCUCAGGACACAUCAGAUCUUUGGCAAGCACUAUGUUUCCAAGUAUACCCCCUUCUCGCUCAGCAGCAGUACUCGGAUGAAGCACCGGAAUCAUGGAGAGAUGCUUACUUUGUUCUACGAGAUCUAGAAGCUGAGAGACUAGAGGCCGCAGGAACACGGCUACGUAUUCAACGAGAAAAGGAAGAAUUACGCAAAAAGGAAAGUCAAAUCAAGCUGACUGACCGGCCACCGCCUCAGAAACGAUCCCGCGGCUGGGGUUCUUCUCAACCGAAGUCACUGCUCCAGAAGACCAGGUCGGAUGCGGCCAAAAUGCACAAAGGCUUAUAUGGUUCGCCGCUGAUGGCACCUAUGUCAACUCUCAAAACCUAUCGACCUGUUUCGAGUGCGACUAUGAUCACGGCGACUCCUACUCCCUCCUCUGCUGCUAGAACGUCUAGUAGUACACCUGGUAGUCAUGUCACCGUUACAGCUGUUACGCGCCCGUGUCUUAAGCCUUUGAAACCGCCUAAUACCGCUGCUAUCUCUCAUUCACCUGUGAAGCAUACUCCCGUGGCAAAGGCUUCAUCGAUUCAUUCGAAUAGCCAUAACCUCAAGUCAGUCACAUCUGCUCCUGAAUCGCAACGACCUAUUGAGCGUCGUCCGAUCAAACCACCGGCCGCCAAGAAGGAUCCUAUGGCAGCCCUCUUCUUGCCAAAGAACCGUAUUGCUUCUCAGCUCCCACCUACGUCUAAUGCCAAGCCCCGACCCUGACCCUGAAAUCCGGCUAUAUAGCGGCUUUCCCUUGCUUCCACUCAUUUAUCGCAUAUCUUUCGCUCUGGUUUCCAUCGUCUCCAGGAUUACCCACUACAUUAUCUAGUAGCCUUCAGUAUCCCAUUUCUGGUUUAACGACUACGACAUCAGAUUACCCUCAAUGAUUCCCUGUAGUGUAGAUUAUUGCUUAUUAUUCAAGGUAAUGACGGACAUACGUGUGUACAUCGGAGAGUGGUAGUCAGUUCACUGUAUUUCUGCACAGGAUUCUCAUACAUCACAUUUGCUAGGUCGUGUCCUGAGAGACUUCCAGCUAUUCGGACCCUCCUGGUGUUAACAUGGCGCACAAGACAAGUCGGGUAUGAACCCCUUGAGUUAACAUAAUUAUGCUCUC